UCCGGCGCGCGGACGGGCUGCUGGGUGGGCUGGGGGCCGAGCGGCGCGAGGGUGAGGCAGAGAGAGAAGGGGCCAAGGAGCAGCCACGGCGACAGAAAAGUUGCAAGACCUAGCCCAAGGAACGUCCAGAUUCACCAGUUGCUGGUGUACACGCUUGUUCAAACGUACUGAGCUGACUGCUUAAGAUCUGGAAAUUUUACGCAGGUCUUCUACUUCUAAAGGACCAUGACUACUGAUGAAGGCACCAAGAACAAUGGAGAAAGCCCGGCAGCAGCUGUUGCUGAACGUGGAGAGGACAUUACCUCUAAAAAAGAUAGAGGAGUAUUAAAGAUUGUCAAAAGAGUGGGAAAUAGUGAGGAAAUGCCAAUGAUUGGAGACAAAGUUUAUGUCCAUUACAAAGGAAAAUUGUCAAAUGGAAAGAAAUUUGAUUCCAGUCAUGAUAGAAAUGAACCAUUUGUCUUUAGUCUUGGCAAAGGCCAAGUUAUCAAGGCCUGGGACAUUGGGGUGGCUACCAUGAAGAAAGGGGAGAUUUGCCAUUUACUGUGCAAACCAGAAUAUGCAUAUGGCUCGGCUGGCAGUCUCCCCAAAAUUCCCUCGAAUGCAACUCUCUUUUUUGAGAUUGAGCUCCUUGAUUUCAAAGGAGAGGAUUUAUUUGAAGAUGGAGGCAUUAUCCGAAGAAUCAAACAGAAAGGAGAAGGAUAUUCAAACCCAAACGAAGGAGCAAUAGUAGAAAUCCACCUGGAAGGCCGCUGUGACGGAAGGAUGUUUGAUUGUAGAGAUGUGGUAUUCAUCGUUGGGGAAGGAGAAGACCAUGACAUUCCAAUUGGAAUUGACAAAGCCCUGGAGAAAAUGCAGCGUGAAGAACAAUGUAUUUUAUAUCUUGGACCACGAUAUGGUUUUGGAGAGGCAGGGAAGCCUAAAUUUGGCAUUGAACCUAAUGCUGAGCUUAUAUAUGAAGUUACACUGAAGAGCUUCGAAAAGGCCAAAGAAUCCUGGGAGAUGGACACCAAAGAAAAAUUGGAGCAGGCCGCCAUUGUCAAAGAGAAGGGAACUGUGUACUUCAAGGGAGGCAAGUACAUGCAGGCCGUGAUUCAGUACGGGAAGAUUGUAUCCUGGUUAGAGAUGGAAUAUGGCUUAUCAGAAAAGGAGUCUAAGGCUUCUGAAUCGUUUCUGCUGGCUGCCUUCCUGAACCUGGCCAUGUGCUACCUGAAGCUCAGAGAAUACGCCAAAGCUGUCGAAUGCUGUGAUAAGGCGCUUGGACUAGACAGUGCCAACGAGAAGGGCUUAUACAGGAGAGGGGAAGCCCAGCUGCUCAUGAACGAGUUUGAGUCGGCCAAGGGCGACUUCGAGAAAGUGUUGGCAGUGAAUCCCCAGAAUAAGGCGGCGCGACUGCAGAUUUCCAUGUGCCAGAAAAAGGCGAAGGAGCACAAUGAGCGGGACCGCAGGAUAUACGCCAACAUGUUCAAGAAGUUCGCAGAGCAGGACGCGAAGGAAGAGGCCAGUAAAGCAAUGGGCAAGAAGACUUUAGAAGGGGUCGUCACCCGUGAAAAAGAAACAGAGGGGCAGGCAAUGGAAGAAAGAGCCGGAGGCCACGUAUGACACCACGCAAAGGAGGGAAGAGCCCUGAUGAACUCGGCCCCUCCUCCACGGGCUUGCACCCUACUCAGGACUAAACAGUGUUUAAUGUAAAGUUCGUUGUAGUCUGUGUGAUUCUGGAAGCAAACGGCAAAACCGGUGGCUUCCCAGAAAACAGCCACCCUGCUGCUGCCCAGUGCUCUCCUGGAGGGUGGGCGUGGGACCACUCCAGGUGGAACAAAAUGGAAAUGGCUGUUGGUGUGGCGAGACUGAGCCAGCAGCUCGAGUCCAGCUCAUUUCAUUGUAUGUCAACCUGCGAGAUCUAAUUCAAGGUCCUUGGAGAUAAUCCUGACAAUUUGGGGCUAUCUGUUAGGUUUUACAUUCGAUUGAACUUCAGUAGCACUGCAGAAACCUAAAAACAAAUGCAUAAUGGAGUUCUCCUUUCCUACAGUUGGGUGGGGGAGCGGAGGAGAGGGUUUGGUUUUUUUCAGUGACCGAAGUGCUAGCAUUUUUAACCAACAGAGCCUAUAGUUGAGGGGUCUGGAAUCCCCUCGGGGCCUCGGCAGCCCCAGACCUGAAAGCCAGAACCUCAGAGGCCACCUGCUUGCUGACGGAGCCAAACUCCCUCCUCCCUAAGCCAGCCUCCCUGAGAGAGUGGGUUUCUCCUGUACCCAGCUGUUCCCGAAACAUCCUUCAGCAACGAUAAUGAGCAGAGGGAGCGUGUGGGCCAGCUUUCCCUGCCUGACAUGAAGCUCUGAGCUGCCAGAGUGAGAAGAGAGCCAUGAGAAUUGUGCUUUCCCCUCCUCUGGCCCUUCCCAGAAGGCAUGCGGAAUGUAGCACAGCUACCGCUUCCUUUCUUCUUUCCACUCUAACCAUUGCCAUUAAGAAUUUAAGACUUAUUCUUAUAAUAUCUCUGACCUGGAGUGGAUUUAGUUACGUAUCCAUUUAUCCAUUCAGGAUCCAUGUGGGGUUUUUUUUGUUUUUUUUUUUUUUUUGGUCUUUUAAAAAUUACUGCCUCAUAAACCUGUAUACUGAUUUAUGGAACUUUAUUUACACUCCUCUAUUAUCAUGCAAAAAAUUUUUUGACUUUCUACUGCUAUGCGUAGCUUAAUUUUUAAAAACAAGGUCUGUGGAACCGUAAGAGUAAGUCGUUGCUCCUUGUGCAUGAAGGUUUUCCUCGCAGGUCGGCACUCAGUAGCUCUCUCCUGCUGCUGCUAGCUCCUUGGUUCUGCUGUGGGCUGUGAAAAAGAACCGAAAACCGCUUCCUGUGCAGGCACAUCUCGCCUAAAAGCUCCAGUACUGGGGCAGUGAAUCAGGGCAAGUCUUAAAAUACGUAUAUACACAGCGGAAUCUGGGUCCUUACGGGUAAGCGAGAUGGAGCGUGGCUUUCUCUCCCCACAGCCCAAAGCGCUCGUGGGAGUGUGUCUGCAGCCAGAGGAAACUGCCGCUCCAACCUGGAACAUCUCACUGUGUAAAACCCUAAAGAACACUGGCACUUAACUUCGUUUUUACUCUUACGGAGGUUUUAACAAAACACUUUUGUUAGGUUAGGACCCAUACAGCAACCUAAAAAAAUCAUUUUAUUUUCUACCAGUUCUCUGCUCCAUGGAACAAAUGGAAUGAAAUUGUGAGUUUCUCUUUUGAAAACUAGAAUCCUUUUAGUUCCUCACUUUUGUCUUUUUUUUUUUUUUUCUUUUCAUGAGAUUUCUUCAAACGCCCCAGUCUCGCCUAGGAAAUAUGAAAAGCAAAAGUUGAUUUUGCUUUGUUUGCUUAACUGUUUAGUAUUUGUAGCUCUGUUGACUAGAGCAUGACUCCAGUGAGGCCAAAACUGAGAUUUCAUCCUAUAAAGGCCAGUUAGUGUUUUGCAGGUAACAAACAAUUCCAAAAAUCAGAUCACCCCAGCCAACUGUCUCCCAAGUGUGUGUUAUGGGUCACAGCCAGGGGUGGGGGGGUGGGGGGUAUACAGGUGGAUCUGAGCAAACGAUUGUGGGUGCCCAUUGCCACUCGAGAAGAAGAAACGUCCUAUAUUCUUGUAUCAAAUUGAAUAAUCUUCAUUUGUCUAGAAAUCAGGUGUCUUUGAACCAUCUUUUAGACCGCAUGUGGAGUGGUAAGGCAGCAUAUGAUGAAUUAAAACUUGUUUUUAAAAACAUCA